AGCCGUUGGGGGUCAUUAAAUGCUCUGCAGGACACAAAGCUCGAGCUGCAGAAUUGUCAGGAGAGCCGGCUUAACAUCCUAGAGCCGGCUCUGUAGAGCCGGCUUACAUUUCCAGAGCCGGCUAUCCGGGUCUGCAGCACAUUCUGUUUUCCUCGAGAGCCGGCUGCAAAACUUUGAGCCGGCUUUGGAACUCCGACUUUAAAUACAUUAAAUACUCUUCAAAUAACUUGACCGUUGUGCAUUAAAUGCACCCUCACAGCCGGCUUCAAAGCCAGAGCCGGCUUUGCGUCUUUUCUUCGCGCACGCCAAACAACGGUCUUCAAACUUUUGCCCGUAGAGCCGGCUGCAGCUUCUAGAGCCGGCUCUCUGCACUUCCAUUUCACCACAGCCGGCUGCACUUUACAGGAGCCGGCUCUCUGCACAUUGAAUCCUUUUGGUCUAUUUUUAGUGCAAUCCAAGUUUACUUGCAAUCUUUUAGCAACUUAACUACACACUUAAAUAAACCAAUUAGUCAUUC